AUGUCGACGACAAUAACGUCUCUUUUGAACUCGCUACAUUCGCACCUACAGUCACAAACGCAACUACUUCCCACACUUCAUGCCCAGCUUGGCUUGCCAUCAUCCGCUCUCACGGACGAACUGUCCGUCCUACAGCAGCAGCUAACGCAGUGUAUUGAAAGUCAAAUCGACCUCCGACGAAAGCAGGUUGACGAAUGGAUGCAAAAGUGCUGCGACGUGGAGAAAGAAUGUCUUAGCUAUGGGAGAGCACUGGGCGCGCAUGCGAAAGCUACGGGCAGUAGCGUGGGCGAGAUCAGGAAGGAGCUAGUGCUGCCUAAGAGAUACGAGGCUAUCUGCGAGUUUCAGGAGCGACUGAGACAGCUAUACCACACCAAGCUCGAACAGCUGCUGACAAUAACGGGCAGGCUCAAAGGGCUUGCCCGGACACUUGGGCCCGAUUUCCUCCCUCAUGACAUUCUCAACCCUAUUUCCGCCUCAGAUGAAGACGAAGAGAAUCGAGACAGUCCUCGUGAUGUCACGCCGGAGCGAUUCUCCAGACUAGAGAAGGAACUCGUGCGCUGCAAGGGGGAGAUGGCAAAACGACUCACGCAACUCUCGGCGACGAUGGUGCAAAUAGACUGGCUAUACACCGAGCUCGGUAUCACUCCGCCCACCCUUGAAGACGUGCCAUCUUGCUCGACGUUGACUCUUAAUAUCCCUCCCAUUUCGCGCUCGACGUCCUCAUGCAGUAAUCGUACCACCUCUUCCUCCUUCGAUCCAUUCCUUUCCACAUCAAUGACCACCGGUAUUUCGAUGUCAACACCAACCCCCGCAGCGCGUAUGAAGCAAUCGGCACCAUUACUGAUGUUCGCAGCUCCUGAUGAGCCCCAAGAGCCUCCAGAAACAGAAUAUCAGCACAUCUUCGCUCGUUUCGUUGCACGCAUGGAGGAGGCGUCCGAGGAGGAUCUGCAGGAUGCUCACAUCGGGCUGGAGGGCGUCGAGCCGACGCUCGGCCUCAUUGCUUGGGCGGAGUCGACGCGCGCAGAGCUGGAAGACACCAAGAAACGGCGAGAGGCGCACAUCCAGGCAAUGUAUGACCAACUUGAGGCACUUUGGCGAAGGCUUGGAGUCACAGACAAUGAGAUGGAUGCCUUCGUCGAGGCGCAGCGAGGCAGUACGGAGGUGACUGUGAGGGCGUAUGAAGAGGAGCUAGAGCGCAUGCUGGAGCUCAAGCGGGAGCGAAUGGGAACUUUCGUGGAGAAUGCCCGGACGGAGAUCACCAAACUUUGGGACAAGCUAAUGAUCGGUGAAGAGGAACGUGCGGACUUCGCGCCAUUCGCCGAUGAUGAACAUACGGAGGAGUUGCUAGUGAUCCACGAGAAGGAAAUCAAACGCUUGAAGAAGGAACUCGAGGACAAGGACGAUCUUUUAGAAAAAAUUCGGACAUACUUCGGCAUAUGUGAAGAGGAGAAGGCACUUGCUGAAGCUGAAAGCGAUCAGAGUCGCCUUCUGAGUCGUGGUCCUCGCGAUCCUGGCCGGCUGCUUCGUGAAGAGCAGAUGCGCAAGCGUGUUAAAGGGAAACCCAAACUCGAACGGCAACUAUUGACCUUAGUUCUCGAAUGGGAGAAGAAGACUGAACGGACAUUCUUCGUGCAUGGCCAGAGCAUAUUGCAACUCCUCGAGGAGACAGUCGGCAUCGCAGACAAGGAGAACAACCAGAAACGAAGUAAGGCUCCAGGUGCACGAGGGGGGUCUGUGCCUCCUCGUUCAAAGACACCCUCUAAUCCGUCGAGUCAAUACGCGCCGGGGUCAAGCCAUGGAGGAAAAAGUAACGUGGCUACACCUGCUGUCCGUCCAGGGUCCAGUAUAGGAGCGUCUUCACAGAGCGUACCUACCAAGCGCGCGCGUCUUGGGGAGUCCACCUCAACGUAUACCAAUGCAACUGUACCGCCUGUCCCCACGUUGGGUAGCAGCAAAGGCCCUGGCGCACAUAGAGCCCCCUCACCGACGAAGAUUCCGGGUAAGACCCCUACAAUUGGCUCCUCUCUUCCACGUCCGGUAGUAGCUAUGCCAGCCUCAAGAUCCGGCACGAGUCACCACGGCCUAGGGUAUGGACGUGCGCCGUCCUCACAUGUCCCACAUGCGCAUAGUUAUCAUCCAUACCCGGCUUCACAUCGAGCAGCGUCUCAUGCUUCUGCGACGCUAAGGCACACCUCCGCGACCCUAUACCCUACCCUCGCCGCAAAGAAGGCAUCACGAGCACGCCGGGAGAGCUUCAGACCGCGGGCCAGUAUGGAUGAUAAUCGGACCUUGGGCGCCGGGAGACCAGAUACAGGUGGGCAGCGGCGGUGGGCCGGCUUUGCGGGCGUUGCAGUGAAGGAGGAAGAGGAAGAUUUCUAG